UGGUUACCAAAGAGGGCAGUUUAGCAUAGUUAUAUGAGUAUAUAAAUAUACUGUGUUGUUCUUUCUCAAAUAGUGAAGUUAAUCAGAGAGAGAUGGGAAGAGGGAAAGUAGAACUGAAGAGAAUAGAAAACCCUACAAGCAGGCAGGUUACUUUCUCCAAGAGAAGAAAUGGAAUUUUGAAGAAAGCCUUUGAACUCUCCAUUCUCUGUGAUGCUGAACUUGCCCUCCUCAUCUUUUCUCCUUCUGGAAAAGCCUUCCAAUUUGCCAGUCAUGACCUGGAUAGGACCAUUGCUAAGUACAGGAAUCAUAUGGGUCUGUCUAAUUCAGCUUACAAUCAACGCACCACAACUACUGAGUACUGGAGAUGUGAAAUUGAGGAGCUGAAGAGAUCCAUCAUCAAUCUGGAAGCUAGAACUAGGCAUUUAUGUGGAGAAGAUAUUACAACGCUGGGAGUGAAGGACCUGAAACAUCUGGAACGACAAUUGAAGAUUGGAGUUGAACGUGUUCGCUCCAGAAAGAGGCGAAUUUUAUCAGACAACGUCAACUUGCUCAAGAGAACCUAUUGCGCCUUGAAAGAGGAGAACACUCAUCUCCAAAAAAAAUUGAACCAGCUACAUGAGGCCAGGAUAAGUCCACAAUUUUUAGGACCAAAUAUUUGCACCACUUCAAUAUUUGAGCAAAGUUACAAUGUUCGACAAAAUGGAUCAAUUUAUUGAAGGCGAGGACAACUACGAGUCAAACCUAAAUUGGUUGUAUCAAUUUCUUAUGCACCCAAUUCAUCAAAUUAUAUAUUUACUUUCACAUUUAGAUGGUUUUAUUUUAUUUUAUUUUUUCAAUUUCAGUGUGGUUUGAAUAACUAGUCAAAAAAAAAAGAGGGGAAAGAAAAGAACAAUUACCCUAAAAGAGGGAUUGAUGUUUUGAGCAA